UGUCGUCUGCGAACUACGUCGCCUGUCAGUGUCGUCUGCCAAUCGUGACUUUUUUGUUGUGCUCCCCCUGCCGUUCGAAAGGCAGUUUCUUUUUCUUUGCCGCCCAUGAAUGUCGUCCUUACAAGUGUGUUUGUCGGCUGUCUGCAAAUGCACAAGCGUAGAAGUCGACUUUCCAUGGUUUCCAACUUCUAGUCCGCAGAGAGAUUGGCUGCAAUGGGAUUCUGCCUUGUUGUUGCCGCGAGCCUUUUUGUCGCUUCGAAUGUCUUCGAAUUGGUAUCGGCACAGAAGAUCGUAUUAAACCCAAAACAUUGCGGAGUGUCACUGGAGAACCGCAUCAUCAAUGGUCGCAGAGCCGAGGAAGGUGCAUUCCCGUGGAUGGUACGAUUGCAGGUGCACAUGACGGAAGGUGUUACACCAGCAACAUGCGGUGGAACCAUCAUCACGCCCUGGCACGUCUUGACGUCGGCUCACUGCGUUAUACAUGACGGCAAGAUCUUCGAUUCCAUUGAAGUGAUCUCUGGUUCCGUGACUACGACGUCCUCCAAGGCGAUGAAAGUACGCGUGGUCGCCGCUGUGCACCACGAACGCUACAAUCAAAGCACAUUCUUCAAUGACAUCGCCAUCUUGCGGGUGGAGAAGCCCUUCCAGUAUGGUCUCCUGGUGCGACCUGCUUGUCUCCACACGAACGAAACAGACCUCACAGGUCACAAGGUCAUCGUUGCCGGUUGGGGAGUAGAGCGAGCACACCUCCAAGCAUCGGACAAUUUACGGUUUACCACCAUCAAGAUUCUUUCGCAACGUGAGUGCAAGAAGCGACUGCAGGAAUACAGUUUUAAUCCGAAGAUAAUGAUGUGUGCCUACCAAAGGGACAAAGACGCUUGUCAGGGCGACUCUGGUUCCGCUCUGAUGCUGAAACAGAAGAAAAGCUACAUCCAGGUGGGGAUCGUGUCCUUCGGCAUCAAUUGCGCCGGAGAUCUACCAGGGGUGUACGUUCCCGUGGCCGCCUACGCUCAGUGGAUCAUCGACACACUGAGCCACGGAUCGCGCUUCAUCAAGUUGAAACACUGACUGACUGCUACUCCUGCUGACAAUGGCAUCUGGAUACUGAUUUGCUGAAGAGACAUUGUGAGGGGCGCCGAAGGAACGGGUCAUAUAGUCUGAUGUAAAGAUGGAAAGCAAUGUGUAGCCAGGUUUCAUGCGCACGUUUAUGGAAUUCAAAGUUUUGUAAAUGUUAAAAUGCCACUAUACUCAACGCAUUUCUUCGGUGUCUGUUUUUAAGGACCUGUUAUUAGCCAUUCGCCUUACGUAACGCUCAGCGGUGAAAAGUGAAACAUAAAAUGAAAGCUAGCUUCACGG